AUGUCAACUCCUGAAGAGCAAGAAAAAUUGGUGAGCCAGUUCGUAGAGCAACUUUCUGAAAUCGUUGAAGAGGCCGAAUAUGAUGAACUAUGGGGUAAUCAGUUAGACCCCAAAGGCUCAUUUUACAAAGAGAGCAUUGCUAAGAAACUAGCAACUAAAUUUCUCAGGGCUAAUAGAUGGGACUUGGAGUUGGCUAAAAAGCAACUGACAAACACUCUGAUUUGGAGGAAAGAGUUUAAUCCGUUGAGUGCCGGGUUCCGUGAAAAACAUGAUGAAAAAUUUGACAUCCUCGGAGUAAUCACUUAUCAUUCGGAGCAACCUGUUCCCAACAUUAAGCUGAUCAAUUGGAACUUGUAUGGGAAUGUGAAGGAUCCUAAGAGCAUUUUCGAAGAUCUGCCAACUUUCAUGAGAUGGAGAGUGGGAUUGAUGGAGCAGGCACUUCAGAUGCUUAGUUUCGACGACGAUACUAAUGAGUAUAUGGUUCAAAUUCAUGAUUACAAAAACGUUGCAUUUCUUAAGUUGGAUCCUUCUGUCAAGAAAGGCUCUAAAUCUGUCAUUGAGAUAUUCACCAGUUACUAUCCUGAAGUAAUGUCUAGAAAAUAUUUUGUCAAUGUGCCCCUUAUACUGUCUUGGGUAUAUACAUUGGUGAAGACAUUUGUCCCUAAAGAGACCAGCAGAAAGUUUCAAGUUCUUUCCAAUAGCAAAGAUAUUGCGUCUUCACUGGGUGAUCUGGUUCCAACAGAGUAUGGAGGAAAGGGGAAUAAACUAGAGGAUCAAAGAUUCAACUUCAACAAAUCAGGUCGGGAAGCUGUCCUCAGUGAGUAUGCUGCUUACUUAUUACAGAAGCAGUUCACCGAGGAACUAGAUUAG